AUGACGAAAGGUUCAGAUGCUUGUAAAGGGCUUAAACCCAUCGAGUCUAUGACAAGAAAGUCCGCUAUUCUCAAUGAAGAGGUCAAAACAAAACUAUCCAAGCGUGCGAUGCGGAAGGAAAAGCGUCGUAUGCAGUGGGAUGACCGAAAGAUGGAGAAAAAACGCAAGCGUCAAGAGCAGCAGCGAGUGAAGAAGGCGAAUGGACUCAUGCCGCUUGUACAGGAGCUCGAUAUGAGCGAGAAUGCUGUAUUACGACGCAAAGAACGAGCAAUUGCUAAGCGUGAAUCUUAUCUAAUGGCUGCAGAAGAAGGUAUCAAGGUGGUUAUCGACUGUGAGUUUGAGGAGAAGAUGACUGAGAAAGAAAAAAAGAGUCUAUCGCAGCAAAUUAUGUUUUCAUAUGGAGUAAAUCGACGCAGUAAGACGCCCAUGAACACGUACAUCACUUCGCUUCAUGGAGAUAUUCAACAGAAUCUGGAGAACAUUAGUGGCUUUCAUGAGUGGCAAGCGUUCACAGGAUCGUCCAAGAGCUACAUGGACCUCUUCAAGAAGGAGUCACUUGUCUAUCUUACAGCCGACUCACCCACCACCAUCACAAGACUGAGCCGUGACAAGGUUUACAUCAUUGGUGGCAUAGUAGAUCGCAACCGUUUGAAGGGUAUUACGUACCAAAAGGCGGUAGAGCAGGGUAUUGAGACGGUGAAGCUCCCGCUGGAUGCUGUCGUCGAGAUGGGUUCGGCAACGCGUGUGCUGACCGUCAACCAUGUUUUCCAGCUUUUAGCGCAAUUCUCAGAAGUGAAGGAUUGGGCCCAGGCUACAUUAGCAACGCUUCCGUCGCGCAAGGGUGCUCAUUUGAAGGAGCAAUAG